AUGGCGGCGCCCUGGUGGCGAGCCGCGCUGCAGGGAGGUCGGCGAUGGAGGACGCUCAGCACCUCAGCCGCCUGCCAGCGGAGGACCGCCCCGUUGGGGCCGAUGCCCAACGCGGACAUCGACGUGAGCAACCUGGAGCGGCUGGAGAAGUACCGCAGCUUCGACCGCUACCGGCGCCGGGCGGAGCAGGAGGCGCAGGUCCCGCGCUGGUGGCGGACCUACCGGGAACACUUCGGGAAGAAGUCAGAUCCUGAAGGCCAGAUUGACAUCGGGCUGCCCCCACCCAAGGUCUGCCGGACCCAGCAGCUGCUGGUGCGCAAACAGUUCCUCCAGGCGCUCCGGACCAACGCAGAGGAAGAGCGGGCUGCCAGGCUCAGAACCGCCCAGGUCCCCCUGGAGGCCGUGCAGGCCGAGUGGGAGAGGACCUGCGGCCCUUACCACAAGCAGCGACUGGCGGAGCACUACGGCCUCUACCGGGACCUGUUCCAGGGCGCCACCUUCGUGCCCCGAGUCCCCCUGCACGUGGCCUUCGCGGUGGGAGAGGAGGACCUGAUGCCCGUGUACUACGGCAACGAAGUCACCCCAACUGAGGCCGCUCGUCCGCCAGAAGUGACCUAUGAGGCAGAUGAAGGCUCCCUGUGGACCUUGCUUCUCACCAACCUGGAUGGACACCUGCUGGAGCCAGAUGCUGAGUAUGUCCACUGGCUGGUGACAAACAUCCCGGGGGCCCAGGUGACAGAAGGCCAAGAGACGUGUCACUAUCUGCCCCCCUUCCCUGCCCGAGGUUCCGGCUUCCACCGCUUUGUCCUCCUGCUCUUCAAGCAGAAUGGAACCAUCGACUUCUCUGAGGACACCCGCCCCUCACCCUGCUACCAGCUGGCUCGGCGGACCUUCCGCACCUUUGAUUUCUAUAAGAAACACCAGGAAGCCAUGACCCCUGCUGGCCUCGCCUUCUUCCAGUGCCGCUGGGAUGACUCAGUCACCCAUGUCUUCCACAAGCUUCUCGACAUGCGGGAGCCCGUGUUUGAGUUUGUGUGGCCGCCCCCUUACCACCCCAGGCAGAAGCGGUUCCCCCACCGACAGCCUCUACGCUACCUUGACCGAUAUCGGGACAGUCACGAGCCCAGCUACGGCAUCUACUGA